AUGGACGAGGCUUUCUUCCUCAAGAAGAAGACAAAGCCAAACGCGAUCCGUGGCCGCGGCCCUCCCCGCCCCGCCGCCUCGACCUCUCGUCCGCCUGCGACGUUCACACGCCCCCCUCCGCGACCCACUCCGAAGCGUCCACUGCGGAAGGUUGGUCUUCAAGUCGAGCCGACCAGGGUCUCGUCCACCGAUGGCAAGGAUAUCUUAACCUUCGACAUCGUGAGCGCGGCGCCAGACCAGAAGCAGCGCUUCAAUGUCAUGAAGCUCAACUCGACCAAGGAGGUAGACCCGGGCGCGCUCCCUGCCCCAAUUAUGAUGAACCGCAAGCAGCCGGGUCCGAAAAACCUUCCACAGCUCGCGACCGACAGCGAAGGCAAGGUCAUUGGGCGGUACGUGUUCGACGAGGAGGGGAACCCCGUACUCGAUGAGGAAGGCAAGCCGACUAUCGAGAAGAGGGUGGAAAUGGAUAUGAGCCUCGUGGGUACCGCUCCGGGCACGAACAACAAGCGCCGCGGCAAGCGCCAGACCAAGGAAGUGUUCCACCAGGACGUCGAGGUGAUCAAGCUGCGCCGCGAGGAGGCCAAUCCUUGGGUCCUCGAGAGCAAGAACAAGACCCCUGAGAGUGCUGAGACGGCUGCGCACAUUCCGGAGCACUGGGUCGGCCGCAUGGUCGAGCAGGCGGCGCUUCCCACUGUUCUCCUGAUCAACGACGGCACGCAGUCCAACUUCACCAUGAUUCCCCUUGGGCGGACGUACAAGUUUGAGCCGGAGCGCCCGUUCAAGGUCAUGGAUGUGGAUCAAGCGCACAAAUACUUUGAGAAGCAGUCGAGGGGCGGAGCCCACGACCGCUGGGGCCAACGCCAGGAGGGGCCUGGAGGCACUUAUGUGGUCAAGAACGAACCGCGGGGGUUAGAGGAGCGGGCGAACCGCAUGGAGUGGAACAUAAUGGCGAACAAGGGCACACUCCCGCAACGCCAGCCGAAGCGCGAACGCUACGAGGAGGACUAUGUGCGCGAGGGACGCAACAUAGGCCGCGGGCUCGAGGGCGGCGUCGACGAGGAGCUCGACUACGAUGCGAACGACGACUUCCAGGACGACGACGAUGUGAACACGUUCUACCACGAUGCCGAUGCGGACGAGGAGAAGAAACUGCAGGACGAGCGCCAGAAGAAGGAGUACCGCAUGGCCAACUUCACGUUCGGCGAUCGCUCGCAGAUCGAAGACAAGGAGGAGGAAGACGACGAUGAUGAUGACGACGACCUCUUCGGCGACAAGCAGAAGUUGUCCAAGGACGGCAAGCGUCUGCGUCGCCUGCAGCGCAAGCAGGCGCUCGGCGAGGACGCGGACCUCUUCGAGAGCUCCGACGACGACGACGACGACUCGGAUAGCAGCGACGAGGAGGACGAGAAAGAGAAGGACAAAGACAAGGACAAGGACCGCCGCCAGCCAGGCUCUGCCGAGAAGAGUCGCGCCGGUUCCCGCGCCGGUUCCCGUGCCCCCGACGGCCGCUCAGGCUCGCCCGCGCCGCGCCACCACCCUGGAGGCCAACGCCCACCGGGUGCCGGUGCUCAGCUCCUCGCAAAGCGCGCUGCCAGCCGCGGCGUCUCCCCUCGUCCACCCGGUGCGUCCGGCAGCUCUCGUGCGGGCAGCCCUCUCGCACGCGGCUCCUCGCCCGUCCAGCGUGAGGUAAGCCCAGCGGUGCGCAGCGGUUCACCAGCACUCCCGCGCGGCUCAUCCCCCGUCCCAGCAACCCGCGAGGGCACGCCCAGCGGGCACACAAAGCCGGGCAAGCGCAAGGCCACCGGCAGCCCCCUCGACCCGAACGCGGGUGGGCGGCCCGCCUCGCGCCCGCCAGGGAAGCGCAAGAGCGAGGAGGCCGAGGCGACUGGCGGAAAGAAGCGCAAGACUGGGAGCGCGACCCCAGCCCUGCCUACGGAAUUGGACAAAGACGACUUCCCGGGUAUGAUCAAGCGCGAAGCCGUGCUCGACUGGCUGCGCAAGCAGCCGGGACCGAUUCGUAUGGCUGUCGCCAUCAGCGAGUGGUCGCCCACCAUUACAGCGCCGUCCAGUAAGCCUCUGAAGAUUCGCAACAGGGACCGCUUCCUGGCGUUCGUGAGAGAGUUUACGGACCGGGUGCUCACAAACCCCGACGCGCCGCCGCCUAAGGACCCCAAUAUCAAGCCCGACCGAAGCCUUAGGCUCAAGGCUGAGUUCCAGCGCUAG